UCUCAAAUAUUCAUUCUGAUUUCCGUGUGAUUUGGGUUUCAGUGCAAGAGACUGCUGAGUUGCAUGGAUGUUGAUUGUAUGGAUCACGAGGGCUGGAUUGGAGGAUCCCUAGAUGUUCUCAGCCGUAGUGAGAGGCAGACCCCUGGAUCUUGCAACAUAAGGUGUGGCUAUCAUAAGCUAAAAAAUAUGUCCAUUAGAGGCCUGAAGAAGAAACAACCAAGGACUUUUAAAGUCAAAAUCAUAACAGUGGAUGCUGAAAUGGAGUUCAGCUGUGAGAUGAAGUGGAAAGGAAAGGACUUGUUUGAUCUGGUGUGCCGAGCACUUGGUCUGAGGGAGACUUGGUUCUUUGGCUUGCAGUAUACAAUAAAAGGAAUGUGCACCUGGCUAAAGAUGGACAAAAAGGUAUAGAAAAUGAAAGGAGAACAAAAAGUAAUACAGCAAUUUCUACUUCUAAAAAGGUUUCUUUUAGUGGGUUAGGAACUAUUACAGGAGAUUACCCAGCAUUUAUUCUUCCUUCAGGUUAAGAAACAGAUACUGGAUGAAGAAAUUUAUUGCUCUCCAGAGGCAACAGUUUUACUGGCUUCUUAUGCUGUUCAGGCCAAGUAUGGUGACUACGAUCCAAAUUUUCAUGAGCCAGGCUUUCUAGCCCAUGAUGAGCUUUUACCCAAAAGGGUCCUCAGGCAGUAUCAGUUGACGGCAGAGAUGUGGGAAGAAAAGAUUACUGCUUGGUAUGCUGAGCACAGGGGUAUUGCCAGGGAUGAAGCUGAAAUGAACUACCUGAAAAUUGCCCAAGACUUGGAAAUGUAUGGUGUCAAUUACUUUCCCAUUGCUCAAAAUAAAAAUCACACAGAUCUCCUCCUUGGAGUUGAUGCCAAAGGUAUUCAUAUCUACAGUAUUAAUAACAGAUUCUCUCCGAAUAAGUCAUUUGAGUGGAGUGCUAUCAGAAAUAUUUCCUAUAGUGAGAAAGAGUUAACUAUUAAACCUCUUGACAAAAAAGCAGAAGUCUUCAAGUUCUUUUCCUCCCAGCUCAAAGUAAACAAAUUGAUUUUGCAGUUGUGUAUUGGAAACCACGACCUAUUUAUGAGAAGAAGAAAAGUGGACUCAAUAGAGAUACAGCAAAUGAAAGCACAGGCCAGGGAGGAAAAAGCUAGAAAAAAGAUGGAGAAUCAAAGGCUUGCCAGGGAGAAGCAGCUCCGAGAAGAAGCUGAGCGAGCCAAAGAAGAGUUGGAAAGGCGUCUCUUCCAGCUGGAAGAUGAAGCCAGGCAAGCCAAUGAGGCCCUGCUACGAUCCCAGGAAGCAGCAGAGUUGCUGGCUGAGAAAGCUCAGAUUGCAGAAGAGGAGGCCAAAUUGCUGGCUCAGAAUGCAGCAGAAGCUGAGCAAGAGCGACAGAGGCUGGAGAUUACAGCUCUGAAAACCAAGGAAGAGAAACGCCUGAUGGAGCAAAAGAUGAGGGAGGCAGAGCUGAUAGCAGUGAAGCUGGUGAAGGAAUCAGACCGGAGAGCAAAGGAAGCAGAGCAUCUCAAACAAGACCUGCAUGAAGCCAGAGAGGCUGAACGGAAAGCAAAGCAGAAACUCUUAGACAUAACCAGGCUCAAUUAUCCCCACAUGGUCAAGUACCCGCAAUACUCACCAACCGACACCAGAGAUGCCAACUUUGACAAAGGGUCUGUAAAGCUGGAUUUGAAAGACAUCGACCUCAAGAGACUGUCCUUUGAGAUUGAAAGGGAAAGGUUAGAUUACAUAGAAAAGAGCAAAAAAUUUGAAGAUCGAUUGAAAGAACUGAAGUCUGAAAUUCAUGCAUUGAAAUUAGAAGAAAAACAGUCUGGACUUUACUGUCAUUGGAAUGAAGUACUGGGGUCCUUGGAUCGCUCCUUAGGAAAUACCUCGUGGAUGAAAACCUUUGAAACGAGAGAUUCAUUGGAUAUAAAUCUUCAAAGACCUUUCCCUGCUUACUCGUUAAAUACCACAAGCAGCUGGCCUUGUACCAACAAAGCUCAGCACACAUUGCCAGUAGAAAAGUCAUCUUUUCCAGCAAAUUCCUUGAUUGCCAACAGUGUGGGCACAGGAACCAGAAAACAGAUUAUAAAGUUUCAGCAGCACGACUCGGAUGUGAUCUACAUCUGAAGCCUCUCACUUCCUUACCAGCCUGGUGGACCCUGGUGACAAUCUGUUUGGCUGCUGUAAAAUGCACCUCUGCUAGGACAUCUGCACAGCUCUGCUG